CAUUUGAUAGACUGGGGGAGGGGCAUUCUUGUAGCACCGAAGGGGUGUGUGAAGAGAGUGAGGGGGAAUCUGCAACGUACAGGACAGCCAUCCUGUCUUCUAAUCUGCAAAAUUGUGAGCCCAGUCUGGAAGCGUGAACAGAAAGCCUGGCGCAGAGAUCUGGCAUGUGAUUGGCCGAUGGAUUCUGUGUGACAGCCACAGUUGCUGAGCCCGGACUGAAUGCUCUUCUGGUUCAGCUAUAAAUUUGCUGCCUGAGGAUUUAGAGACAAUGAAGCCAAGUCAAGCUCCCCAACAGCCAUCCCUCCCGCAGGGCAGCAGCAAGAUGUACCGCAGUGUGGAACACUCCCAUGCUCUCCUGAGUGGCCUGGUAGGGCUCAGGGAUAGUGGAAUCCUGUUUGAUGUGGUCCUGAAAGUAGAAGGGAAGUGUAUAGAAGCUCACCGCAUCCUUUUGGCUGCAUCUUGUGAUUAUUUCAGGGGAAUGUUUGCAGGAGGACUGAAAGAGAUGGAGCAAAGGGAAGUGCAAAUACUUGGCAUCUCAUACAGUGCCAUGUGCCGAAUUUUGGAUUUUAUAUACACCUCCGAACUGGAACUAAGUGUUAACAAUGUGCAGGAGACCCUUACUGCUGCUUGUCAACUGCAGAUCUCUGAAGUUAUCCAGUUUUGCUGUGACUUUCUAGUAUCUUGGGUUGAUGAGGAGAAUGUGUUAGAGUUGUAUAAACUAGCUGACGUCUUCCACCUGAACCGCCUUACUGAACAGCUGGACACAUUUGUCCUAAAAAACUUUAUCACUUUCUCCCAAACACAAAUGUAUCGACAGUUGCCUUUGGACAAGGCGUACUCUUUGCUUAACAGCAACAGACUGGAGGUGUCAUCUGAGAAUGAAGUGUAUGAGGGAGCUUUGCUUUACCACUACACCCCUGAGCAAUUGGAAAAGGACCAAGUAAGCUUGUCGGAAUCUCCGAAGCUCCUAGAGGCUGUGCGCUUCCCACUGAUGGAUCUUGCAAUACUGCAGAGACUACAUGAUAAGUUGGGACCGUGCCCUCUCAAAGCAACAGUGUUGAAAGCUUUAGAGUAUCACAGAAAUGAGAGCAUGCAGCCAGUACUGCAAGGUCCCAACACCCAGCUACGCUCUGAAUUCCACUGUGUGGUGGGUUUUGGGGGUAUGUACUCUGCCCCCUACACGGUCCUUAGUGAUCAGGUCAAGUACUUGAAUCCUCUGCUGGGGGAAUGGCGGCCACUAACAGCACCUCAUGCACCACGCAUGUCCAAUCAGGGUGUUGCUGUGCUCAAUAAUUUUGUCUAUCUUAUUGGGGGAGAUAACAAUGUGAGGGGAUUCAGAGCAGAAGCACGUUGUUGGAGAUACGACCCACGACAUAACUGUUGGUUCCAGAUACAGUCCAUGCAGCAGCCACGUGCAGAUUUGUCUGUUUGCUUGCUGGGGGACUUCUUGUAUGCUGUGGCAGGCAGAGAUUACCAUGAUGAACUGAAGGAGGUAGAGAGGUACGAUCCAUUUACCAACACAUGGGAGUAUGUGGCACCACUUCAGAAACAGGUACAUGCACAUGCAGCAGCAGCUCUGGAUGGAAAGAUGUAUGUUGCUUGUGGCAAAAGAGGAAAUGCCUAUCUAAAGGACACUUUAUGUUAUGAUCCAGAGAUGGAUCAGUGGGCAAGUGUAGCCUUAAGCCCAGUAAGAAGAGCCUGGCAUGGCAUGGCAGCACUUCUGGAAAAAAUAUAUGUCAUUGGUGGGAAUAACGAUAAUGAAGGGUUCAGACAAGAUGUCUUAGAGGUUGCUUGUUACAGUCCAAAAACGGAUCAUUGGACUCUUGUGAGCCCACUUCCUGCAGGGCAUGGUGAACCUGGCAUUGCAGUCCAAGCCAAAAAUAUCUAUGUUUUGGGUGGAAGGUCACACAAUCAAGGAGAUCGAACAGACUAUGUGCAUGUGUAUGAAACAGAAAGGGACUGCUGGGAGGAUGGUCCAAGGCUGGAAGAUGAUAUUUCAGGAAUGGCUGCUUGUGUUCUCACCUUGCCCAGGUCUGUACUUACAGAUACUGAUGUCUGGACUCAGGAGAUGUACAUGCAGUACAUGGACCCUGUGCAACAUUUGGAUGACAAUGCUUCUGAAGUGCUGAGUGUGGGACUUGGAUAAAUUCUGGUGAAUACUGAGUCCUGUGUAAAUGGCAUUGUACAUGGGCUGAUUAUUCUUAUUCUGACUGCCUUUCAAGAGCAUCCAGCGCCUUUGCAAUGUGCAUGUUCUUUUAUGAGACAGUUUAAAAAGUGCAGGGAUUUAAAGUCUAUGUUCAGUUGUUUGCCAGUGACUUUAUUUGCACCAAAGGUGCCUUCAAGAUUGUACAUCUUCAUGCAGAACCUGUCUAGGCCAGGCUAUACCUUGGCUGGUCUGGCUGUUGCUUUUUGGAUCAUACUGAAACAGUGACUCCAUGCAAAGUUCUCUUUAAUCUUUUAUGGGGAUAAGACUUGUUGUUUAAUAUUUCAAACACUUGCCAAAUGUACAAAAAUGGAAUUGUGUUUCUCUUUAUAUUUGUAUGUCAGCACGGUUGUCUUUUACAUAUGCAAGUGCACAGGGUUAGAGAAGGCAGGGCAUCGAAAAAUGCAGUAAAGCUGGGGCCCCAUAUACAUAACUACAGAAAUAAAAGAUAUCCAGCAUAAUACUUCCUACCUGUUGCUGGAUUACUUCUUCCUACUGGUAGUUGUAGUUCAAUAACAAAUACUAUAUCUGCCCAGCAAUGUUCCUUCUAAGUUGUGUGUGUUUUUACAAUUUAUAAUAGCGUGAGCACAAAUAGUAGACUGAACAUAAAAAUGAACAUGGCUUACAUGAUAUUAGAGGGAGAAUUGCUUUUCAGCCCUGCAGGUGCACUGAAUUAUAACUGGUUAUAAAAGUCUUUCUUAACAAAAAAAAAAAAAUCUUUGAGGACAUGCCAAAACGUUUUUUUAUGGAUCUUCAUUCUUAAAUCAAGUUUGAUUCUCUUCAUUAUAUUUUUUGCAACAAAUGAUCUCAUGGCCAUUUUACAAAAAAGCAGAAAGAGAGGGGAUCGUGCCAUGGCCUUGGAAAUGAACCCUCAUCAUAUUAUGGCAAGAAUAGUAGCAGCAAAAACGUGUCUCCCUUUUAUUUUAGUGGGAAUGGAUGGGAGUUCUUUAAGUAAUUGUCUCAGAAAAUGGGAGUGGCUGUCUAUUGGGCAGAUAGUUGUGGGAUGUAGGCUACUCACUGUGAUUCCCACUGAAGCCAGUUAGAAUACAUGGCACUUCCCCUGCACUUUUGUCACUUAUACCCUUCCCCAGGACAUCCCAUACCAUAGACCCUCUUGAUUAUCUAUUAUGGUUGUUAGUUUUGCUUUAAGUGUUCAAACUUGGUCUUAAGUGACACUGUAAAAAGUAUAUUAAAAUCAUGUUGCUUUCA